AAAAUCUUCUUCAUCAGCUGACUGAACACCACGAAGAAUAUUUUUGGGGGAAUCAACAAAUCCUUCCUCAAAUGCAAGGAGGAUCAACUGGCGUCGGUUAUGGUCUCAAAUAUCAGGCAAGAUGUAUUACGGAUGUCAAAGCCGAUACGGAUCACACCAGCUUCCUCACCGGUACUCUCAGUCUCAAAGAAGAAAAUGAGGUGCAUCUGAUUAGGCUUUCAUCAGAUGGUACGGAACUUGUUUGCGAGGGAUUGUUUUCGCACCCGAAUGAGAUAUGGGACCUUGCUUCUUGCCCUUUUGAUCAACGCAUUUUCUCUACCGUCUUCUCUUCUGGUGAAUCAUAUGAAGCAGCUGUGUGGCAAAUCCCAGAAUUGUAUGGCCAGUCAAAUUCUCCACAGUUGGAAUGUAUUGCUUCCCUUGAUGCACACAAUUCAAAAAUUAAGUGUGUGCUUUGGUGGCCAUCUGGAAGACAUGAUAAGUUGAUCAGUAUUGAUGAGCAGAAUAUCUUUCUCUGGAGCUUAGAUUCUUCAAAGAAGAGCGCACAGGUACAAUCUCAGGAGUCAGCUGGGAUGCUUCAUCAUCUGUCAGGUGGAUCAUGGGAUCCCCAUGAUUUGAAUGUUGUUGCAUCAACUUCUGAAUCAUCUAUCCAGUUCUGGGACCUAAGGACAAUGAAGAAAACAAAUUCAAUCGAACAUUCCCAUGUUCGUAAUAUAGACUAUGAUCGCAAGAAGAAGCAUAUGCUUAUAACAGCUGCAGAUGAAUCUGGUAUACACAUAUGGGAUCUUAGAAUGAUGAAGUCCCCUGUUGCAGAGCUACCUGGACAUUCCCACUGGACUUGGGCUGUUAGAAGUAAUCCCGAGUUUGAAGGGAUCAUUCUUAGUUCAGGUACAGAUUCGGCUGUUAAUUUGUGGUUUGCCUGUCCUAGCAACGAUGAAUUAACUUCCGAGAGCUUGUCUAACUCUACUACUACUAGAUGGACAGAGUCGUUGCUCCAUUCAUACACUGACUAUGAAGACAGUGUUUAUGGCCUGUCGUGGAGUUCUAGAGAGCCUUGGAUAUUUGCAUCAUUAUCUUAUGAUGGGAGGGUAGUUGUGGAUUCGAUAAAGCCUCAUCUCCCCAGAAAUUAAAGACUUCCUUCAUAUGUUGAUGCAGAUUCUCCAUCCAUAUAUCGUCCUUUUGUGACACUUAGAAUCUCCUGAUUACGUACUCCGAGUUUUCUUUAUAAUAUCUUAUUUUUACCCUACU